AAUCAAUAACUUUGCAGAAUAAGUUUUUAUGAAAACUUUGUUGAACAAACAUAUAUCUAACUUAUGAAUAGUCACGUUUUUUUUUUCGCUCGUUGUUUUUUUAAAGAGAUAACUAUAAUAGAGAUUGGUAGCUAUAUACCAUACUGAAUAAGGAAAAAUUAACUAUGUGAAAAUACUUUGUGCUAUUUGAAUUUAUCUUUAUGUUGUUUUAAUCAUAUAAUAUACUGAGAAAAUGUUAUCUUUUGAAAAAUAAAGAAAUCAUGUAUUGAUCGUAGAAAUAAUGCUAUUCUUAAACAUAUUUUAUCUAGAAUUUUAUGUUUUUGUUUAUUUAUUAUUUAUGUAACUUAGGGAUAAUUAUUUAAAAAUAAGUGUAUAUCUUUAAAUUUAUGAAAUAUGGCUUAUUUUGUUAAGUUUGAUUUCUUUUUGGAUUUAAAAUUUUAAAUUCUAUAAAUUAACGAAAAACGAAACCUUAAAACCAAUUAAGUCACAAAGUCAAACUUUAGUCAAGGAACCUAACAACUAUAACAGCAUAGGUUAUAUCAGUAUCGGCAAAGUAAGAUUGAUUUACGAAGAAGAUGAAUAGUACUGAAGAACAAGAAAGAAACGAGAAGGAAAUAGAAGACCUAGCGAUUAUUUUGUUUUGGAUAGAGCGUCCGUUUCUCGUCAUACUUCUCCUCUACUCCAGUUUCGUCUCAGUUCUGAUCGGCCUUCUGCUUCUCGUUACUACUCUUCUCGCCAUAAUAUUCUUCUUAUUAUGCCCUCGACUCUCUUUUGCUGGACCCUCUGGUAUCGGUGGACUCUGGCUGUUUCUAUCAGACCGGUUCAUGUUUCUAUUGGCUCUAAGCUCUCAUGAGACCAUACUCGUUUGGCUUCUCACCGUUUUUAUCUCCCUCGUGAACCACUCUGCUUACAUCAUCGAGUACAUUGUUAGAUCUUAUAAAUCUCAUCAUACCAUAUCACUUCCUCUUCAGUCCCCCGAAGUAAGAAGGAAUGAUGAUGAGAUCAAGGAACUAGAGAAGAUGGGGAAGUUAUUAGGAGAGUUAAGAGAAGAUGGAAAGAAGAUGGAUAUAGAAAUAGAGCUUAUCCAGCAAACUAUCCACUCAGAUCUUGAGAAACACAGAAAAACUUUGUCUUUGAACCUCUUAGAGUUACGUGAAGAGUUGGGAGAUGAUGGAGAAAAGAUGGGGGCAUAUAUGGAGCUGAUUAAGAACUUCGUUAACUCAGAGCUUGUAACUCCGAGAGGCGACUUGAACCUCAAUAUUAAUAAUGAUAUCCGGGAAGAUGUAUCAGAUGAGGAGGAUAUCAAAGCUUGGAGAGUAAAACUGAAAUCUGUAGCUGAAGAAGUUCAUGAGACCUACUUUGUUAUCCAAGAAACUGCAAAGGCGGCGAAAACAACAGCUGACAGGGCCAAUCUAACCUACAUGAUUGUGGACGAAAUUUCGAAAGAAAUGGAAACUAUGAGUGGGAUGAUAAAAGAAGAAGCCCUUGAGAUGUUUAUAAAGUUAAGAGAAGAAGUUUGGGAAACGUGGUUGGACUUUGAAGCUAGAAAAACAGAAGCGGAGGUUGCUGCGGACAGAGCUGCGGAGGAGCUUUCAUAUGCAAUGGUGGAGUUGAUGGACGCAGUCAACAUCCGUCCGUGGGAGGGUUACCGAACUGGCUAACAGUUUGCAUGCCUCUCUAAUUAUAUUUCAAUCUCUUUAUUUUUGUUCUCAGAUGAGUUUUAUUUUUAAUUCUUUUUUUUGUAAAAAAAAAUUCAUUUUUAAAUUUUAUUAUUUUAUCUUAUUUGAAGAAAUCUAUUUGAAUUGAUAAACUGUGAACUCAGUUUUGGGUCCGUCUGGGGCCACUAGUAACUUACUCUCUUCUUCAUAGAGAUAACACAUAAAUGAUUCAUAUUAUGAAAUCCUACAAUCUUCGUAGUGGAUUGCGAGGAGGCGUGGGUGGUGAUGACUUUUCCCAGUACCAAGUCGGCCUUUUGGUCUCUUUGGGAGACUAAUAUCCUUCUUCUUUUGCAGGAUUUGAUGUGUUUGUAACUAGGUUUCAUCUUCUUUGCAUUCCGAUUUGUCUGAGGCUUGCCCCGUCUGUUCUAAGCCGAGUUGUCCCUUGGCUUUUGGUGGUUCCUGUCCUCGAUUAGGUGGUUUGAGUGGUUCCAGUAGUGCUCAUAAGGUUUGCUAUAUUUUCCCUCUUGAUCAUUAGUGGCAAGGGCUUCAUCAACGACUUAUAUUGCAAACUUGAAGAUAUUAUCAAAAUCCAGCUACUCGGAGUAGCCUACUCCCGUGAUGUUACGAGAAGAUGGGCAUCUGAGACAACGAGGGUACGUAAAUUCCACAUUCAACGACUGAGAAUGGUGAUAGGAUUUUGGAACUUCCUAGCAGAUAGCGUCGGUGUUGUGGGCGAGCGAAGCUAGUCUAACUAUGUCAAAAACUGAAAACAAGAGUCGAUAUUCUAGGAUUAUGAAUCCAAUCUAGCGGAACGCGCCAGAAAUAUGGAUCAAAGCAAAGCUAAUUAGAAAACAUUUGAAUAAGAAUUUUGUACGAGUCCAGUU